AUGAAAAUUACAGGUUUAGUUGUUAUAUUGGUCAUUAAAGGCUUAUUACUAACAACUAGAGUUAAUAGCUGCGAAAUUUAUGAUUUAGAUAUUAAUGAUGAAAGUAAAAAUUGUAAACAUUCUUAUUUUGAAAUAUCGGAAGAAAUACCCCUUAAUAAACUUGAAUCAUUAAAAUUCAAAGAAUUUAUUUUUGGUAGUAUUGAGCUUAUUAUCAACAAGAUCACAUGGGGGUUCGAAAAAGAACACGAGAAAUAUCUUAUUGAAAGUCAGAAAGAUGUUUCCUUUGUAAACAAUAUUUCGGUUGACGAAAGGAUAAAUAACUACCUUAAAAAUGCUGAUCUUCUAACAGGAGAAGAAAUUAAAAAAGGGGUAUUACAAAUACUAAAGAAUUAUCAAAAGAACGACAAGAAAAAUAACCCGGAUUCUUCAAACAGAAUGAUUCACUCUGAAACACUUGAAAACGAUCAAAUUUCAUUCAACCAAGGAUUUGUUAACUUAGUUAUAUUCCCCAACGAAUAUAUUUAA